AAGUACAACUCACGGUGGAGGAGAAAGGUGAAGAGCCAGCAAAAUACUUGCAAAAGAUACAGAAGAAAGGACACACAAGGACAGGAAAAUAGAGAAGCAACAAACUUGAGGUCAAAUGAUUGCAGCACUGAGCAAGUGACCAGAUCUGCUAAUUUGGAAGACUCUUCAAACACAAAUGUGUUUAACAUCCAUUAUGCCAACCAUUCAUCCCAUUGCUAUGGACACACAAGUGAGAUGCAUCACUCUGGUCUUAAUGUUGAAUCAGAGCCCGAACAGCCUAUUUACAUGGAUACAUUUCCUGAGCACCUACCUGAAUUUGUUGAAGAAGGAACUUUAGAUGACAAUGCGUUAUUUGAUGAAGACUUUUCAAUUGAUGAUGACCUAUCAUUUGAAGACAGUUUUGAGCUUAACCAAGAGGAGGGGACAGAACUCGAAAGCUCUACAAACACUGAUCAUCCACUGUACAGAAAUGCACCAAUUUCUGUUGCAGAGAGUCUUCUCCUAAUAAUGACUUUUGCAAACAGACACAAAAUAACAGGAAAAGCUCUCAGUGAUUUGCUUACAUUAAUAUCUCUGCACUGCCCCUCUGAUACACAGACUGAGUGUCUUAAAAAUUUACACAAAUUUAAACAGUUUUUUGAUGAUCCCUCCUCUCUGCUUUUGCACAAAUAUUGUAGCUCAUGCUUCAUGAUUGUUGAGAGUACAGACACCCAGUGUAAAACCUGUGAAGCCAAUGUGUUGAUGGAGGGGUCAACCUCCUAUUUCAUUGAGGUUCCCAUUGAAGCACAACUGAAGAGAUUGUUUGCUCAGGAAGGUUUUGAAGAAAAACUUAAGUUCAGGUUUAAUAGACAUAAAAAGUGUCAUGACAGUAUUGAAGAAAUAUAUGAUGGAGAAACCUAUCAGAAAUUUACUACUUGCAAUGGGCCUCUCAGUGAUUCCAGAAACAUUUCGCUAAUGUGGAACACAGACGGCAUACCUAUUUUUAAGUCAUCAAAGUUUUCUGUUUGGCCUUUUUAUUGUGUCAUAAACGAGUUAAAUUUUGUUGAACGCACGAAACGAGAAAACAUGAUAUUUGCAGGUGUUUGGUUUGGGGAUUCAAAGCCAUCAAUGUUGACAUUCCUUGAACCACUGUGUGGCACUCUGAACAAAAUUGAAACGGAAGGAAUUUCUCUUCAGUUUGCAGGAGCUCAAGAACCUUUCAUAUGCAAAGCCUUUACCAUUGCAGGAACCUGCGAUUUGCCUGCAAAAGCUUUGGUACUUAAUACUGUUCAAUUCAAUGGACAUUUUGGGUGUCUAAAGUGUGAACAGCCAGGUCAAACAGUGAAGACUGGAGAGAGAGGUCAUGUCCAUGCCUUUCCUUUCCAGAAGACAGAUCCAAAAGGCCCGCCUCGUACUCACAAGGGGUUUGUAGAUUAUGCUAAGAUGGCCUAUGAUUCCAAUAGCGUUGUUCGUGGGGUGAAGGGACCUACUUUUCUUAGCAGACUAACAAGCUAUGAUUUGGUCUUGGGCACAGAGUUCUCUCGAUGUGCAUUCAGUAUGGAUGUUCUUUAA